CUCCUACAGUCCUCCCGCACGCACCACGCCACCGCUCGCUCCUCCUUUGUUGUUUUCUCAAGACUACUUAAUUGUUCAUCGCAUUGAGGGGAGGGGGUGGUUCUGCUUUCUAGUACCCGACCAUCUGCACACUGCACUUGCAUCUGCCUCCCUGAAAGCCUCCCGGCUGCUGCGAACCCACCUGCAUUUGCUGAAGCCCGGUGGCCUGUGUACCUGUGACUCGCCGUACGCCGCGUGCUGUGUGUGGGGUAUUCAAGAAAGGCUCGGAGUUCCAUUCCCCGGCUGAAAUUUCUGGAAGGGUUUAAGAGCAUAAGCAGAAUUCUGGCCUGAGAGAUAGAGAAGAUGGCAGGCACUGAAGCUGCCACGGACCUGGGCAGUUCACGGAGAUCACAAGAUGACACAGCAACAUUAAUCCCACACAGUGGCAACUUGGAAGAAUCAAGCAGGAGGGGCGUGAAGACAACCAGGUUCAAAGAUGAUGAUGAGGUUGUGGAGAUAACUCUUGAUGUACAGCGUGAUUCAGUGGCAAUAGAAGAUGUCAGAGCAGUUGAUGAUGGUGGCUCUGGGCAUAGUGGUGGGUUUGACGGCCUGUCACUAGUGUCACCUUCCUCAUCAAGGAGCGGCAAACUCGCAUCAAAGCUAAGGCAGGUAACAAAUGGGCUAAAGCUGAAGAACUCAAGCAAUAAGGCACAACAGACACAGUUGGGAAAGAACAUGAGGAAGAGAUUGGACAGAAGCAAGAGUGGUGCUGCUGUGGCGUUGAAGGGCCUGCAGUUUGUAACUGCAAAAGUUGGCCAUGAUGGUUGGGCUGCAGUGGAGAAGCGCUUCAAUCAGCUACAGGUCGAUGGCGUCCUGCUACGUUCAAGAUUUGGGAAAUGCAUUGGGAUGGAAGGAUCUGAUGAGUUUGCAGUGCAAGUGUUCGACUCAUUGGCAAGGAAGAGAGGGAUAGUGAAACAGGUGCUGACUAAGGAUGAGCUGAAAGAUUUCUGGGAGCAACUCAGUGAUCAGGGUUUUGACAACCGUCUCCGGACAUUCUUUGACAUGGUUGACAAGAAUGCUGAUGGAAGGAUCACAGCAGAGGAGGUUAAGGAGAUUAUUACCCUUAGUGCAUCAGCAAACAAACUUUCCAAGCUGAAGGAACGAGCCGAUGAGUACACAGCACUCAUCAUGGAAGAACUUGACCCUACUAACCUCGGAUACAUAGAGCUUGAGGAUCUGGAGGCACUUUUGCUGCAGUCACCAUCUCAAGCUGCUGCAAGAUCAACAACACAUAGCUCAAAGCUUAGCAAAGCUCUUAGCAUGAAGCUUGCUACAAACAAGGACACGAGUCAAUUUUACCACUACUGGCAAGAGUUCUUGUACUUCCUUGAGGAGAACUGGAAGCGUAUUUGGGUUAUGACUCUCUGGCUCUCAAUCUGCAUUGCCCUCUUCAUUUGGAAGUUUAUCCAAUACCGUAAUCGAGCUGUAUUCGACAUUAUGGGUUAUUGUGUGACAACUGCAAAAGGUGCUGCAGAGACUCUCAAAUUCAAUAUGGCCCUGGUUCUUUUUCCUGUUUGCCGAAACACAAUAACUUGGAUUCGGUCCAAGACAAAGAUCGGAGCUGUUGUUCCCUUCAAUGACAACAUAAACUUUCAUAAGGUAAUAGCAGCAGGUGUUGCAGUAGGCGUUGCUUUGCAUGCAGGUGCUCACCUGACAUGUGAUUUUCCUCGGCUGCUCCAUGCAAGUGAUGCUGCUUAUGAACCUAUGAAGCCUUUCUUUGGGGACAAAAGACCGCCAAAUUACUGGUGGUUUGUAAAGGGAACUGAAGGGUGGACAGGUGUGGUCAUGGUUGUACUUAUGACUGUAGCUUUUGUAUUGGCCCAACCAUGGUUUAGACGUAACAGGCUCAAGGAUUCUAAUCCCCUCAAGAAAAUGACUGGCUUCAAUGCCUUCUGGUUUACCCACCACUUGUUCGUUAUUGUAUAUGCACUGCUCGUUGUCCAUGGAAUCUGCUUAUAUCUAAGCAGGAAAUGGUACAAGAAAACGACUUGGAUGUACCUUGCUGUUCCUGUGCUCUUGUAUGUAAGUGAGCGCAUUCUUCGGCUAUUUAGGAGCCAUGAUGCAGUUAGGAUUCAGAAGGUUGCUGUAUAUCCAGGGAAUGUCUUGGCUCUCUAUAUGUCCAAACCACCUGGUUUCAGAUAUCGGAGUGGGCAGUAUAUCUUCAUAAACUGCCGUGCCGUGUCUCCAUAUGAAUGGCACCCAUUUUCUAUCACUUCAGCACCAGGUGACGAUUAUCUUAGUGUUCACAUUCGCACAAGGGGCGAUUGGACUUCACGCCUUAGGACUGUCUUCUCUGAGGCAUGCCGACCUCCAACUGACGGAGAAAGUGGACUCCUUCGAGCUGACCUUUCCAAGGGAAUUUCUGAAAGCAAUGCCAGAUUCCCAAAACUUCUUAUUGAUGGACCAUAUGGCGCUCCGGCACAAGAUUACCGGGAAUAUGAUGUGCUACUGCUCAUUGGACUAGGCAUUGGAGCCACUCCGCUGAUUAGCAUUGUGAAGGAUGUGCUUAACCACAUUCAGCAGGGGGGAUCUGUUGCAGGCACAGAGCCUGAAGGCAGUGGCAGGACAAAGAAGAGACCAUUCAUGACAAAGAGGGCCUACUUCUACUGGGUGACGAGAGAAGAGGGAUCCUUUGAAUGGUUCCGAGGGGUCAUGAACGAGGUGGCUGAGAAGGACAAGGAUGGAGUGAUUGAGCUCCACAACCACUGCUCGAGUGUCUACGAGGAAGGGGAUGCACGUUCUGCACUCAUUGUCAUGCUGCAAGAGCUCCAACAUGCAAAGAAGGGAGUGGAUAUCUUGUCUGGAACUAGCGUCAAGACGCAUUUUGCACGGCCUAACUGGCGAAGUGUCUUCAAACAUGUCGCAGUGAACCAUGAGAACCAACAUGUCGGAGUUUUCUACUGUGGGGAGCCUGUGCUGGUGCCGCAGCUACGGCAGCUGUCAGCAGAUUUCACCCACAAGACAAAUACAAAGUUUGAGUUUCACAAGGAGAACUUCUAGUGGUGUGAUCCCAGAAGCAUGUGGGUAUGGUCUCCUAGUUCUUCGCUCUUCAGGAUGUGAAUUAUAAGGGUUGUAAUGUGUAUACAGGUAGAUAAAUAAAAUGACAGGAGUUAUCCUGUAGAUGUCAAAAGUGGAGGAUGUACCUUUCUUUUGUUUUUUGUUUUUUUUGGCAGGAAUGCUGUGUUCAUCCAUGUUUACUUCCACUGGAAGAAGCCAUGGAGUGAAUAUUAAUGUUGUAGCAUAAAUAGAUAAAGUACCUUUAUAUUUAAAAGUUGUGAGCAUGUAUGCCAGCAUGUAACAUUAAACUUAAGAUACACAAUGACAUGAUAGCGCAUUCUGUUUUGCAUCUA